GUAAAUGGAAAGAUCAAGUGAAAAGUCUACUUUCAGUGGUCUGAGCAUCAAGCUGAUAUUUGACAAAAAGCUGUGGAAGAACAUAUGAAAGCGAGAGUCGCACCAAGACACUAAAACAAUAAUUGUGAUAAUUGAAAAUUGUGAUAGCAGAUUCGCCUAUUUUGCCGAAAAAAAUCAAACCAAGUGCCAAACAUUUAUCCACGACUCUACAAGUCACCGCCAUAAAACGCAAAUCAAGAAAUCUGUGCAGCUUAUUCCAAACUCUAUAAAAUACAACACCAGCAACAUGCCUGAAUUCAUCGAACAAAGCAAAGUUAUCUCUGCCAACGGUUGCGGUCUGCCCCAGCUGCACAAGCUGCGCCAGGACAACUGCGGUCUGUACAGCCACAUCCGCGGCAUUCCCAUCUCGUAUGGCGAUGUCAACUCCCUCACAGCGGGCGUCCGCAGCUUCGUGGAGGAAGGGAUCGCCCUGUGUCAGCCCGACCAGGUGCACAUCUGCGACGGCAGCGAGCAGGAGAACAAGAUGCUCAUCAAGAGCCUGCUGGAGGCCGGCACCAUCGUGGCCCUGCCCAAGUACGACAACUGCUGGCUGGCCAGGACCAAUCCGGGCGAUGUGGCGCGUGUGGAGUCCAAGACCUUCAUCUGCACGGAACAGCGCGAGGAGACGAUUCCCACACCCCAGGACGGAGUGAAGGGAACUCUGGGAAACUGGAUCUCCCCCAAGGACAUGGAGACAGCCAUUCAGCAGCGCUUCCCCGGAUGCAUGAAGGGACGCACGAUGUACGUGGUGCCCUUCAGCAUGGGCCCUGUGGGCUCACCGCUCUCGAAGAUCGGCAUUGAGCUCACCGACUCCGCCUACGUAGUGGCGUCUAUGCGCAUUAUGACCCGUAUGGGAGCCUCAGUCCUCAGCCAGCUGGCCAAAAAGGAGGAGUUUGUCCGCGCCCUACACUCCGUCGGAGCCCCAGCCAACGGCCAGGUGGAACAGCCCUCCUGGCCUUGCGAUCCCGAGCGUACCAUCAUCCUGCAUAAGCCCGCCGAGAACCUAAUCGUCUCCUACGGCUCGGGCUACGGCGGAAACUCGCUGCUGGGCAAGAAGUGCUUCGCCCUGAGAAUCGGCAGCACCAUUGCCAAGCGCGAGGGCUGGCUGGCCGAGCACAUGCUCAUCCUGGGCAUCACCAACCCCGAAGGGGAGAAGAAAUACAUCACUGCCGCCUUCCCAUCCGCCUGUGGAAAGACCAACUUGGCCAUGCUCAACCCCUCGCUGGCUGACUACAAGGUGGAGUGCGUGGGCGACGAUAUCGCCUGGAUGAAGUUCGACUCGAAGGGCGUGCUGAGGGCCAUCAAUCCGGAGAACGGCUUCUUCGGAGUUGCGCCAGGCACAUCGACGGAGACGAAUCCCAUUGCCAUGAACACCGUCUUCAAAAAUACCAUCUUCACCAACGUUGCCUCCACCUCCGACGGUGGCGUCUUCUGGGAGGGAAUGGAGAGCAGCCUGGCUCCUAACGUGCAGAUCACCGACUGGCUGGGCAAGCCCUGGACCAAGGACUCCGGAAAGCCAGCCGCCCACCCUAACUCUCGCUUCUGCACCCCCGCCGCUCAGUGCCCCAUCAUCGAUGGUGCCUGGGAGGAUCCGGCUGGCGUGCCCAUCUCCGCCAUGCUUUUCGGAGGUCGUCGUCCUGCCGGAGUUCCCCUCAUCUACGAGGCCCGCGACUGGACCCACGGCGUCUUCAUCGGCGCUGCCAUGAGGAGCGAGUCGACUGCCGCGGCCGAGCACAAGGGCAAGGUGAUCAUGCACGAUCCCUUCGCCAUGCGCCCCUUCUUUGGGUACAACUUCGGUGACUACGUGGCCCACUGGCUGAGCAUGGAGAAGAGGGGCAAGGUGCCCAAGAUCUUCCAUGUGAACUGGUUCCGCAAGAGUGCCGAGGGCAAGUUUAUGUGGCCCGGAUAUGGUGAGAACUCACGUGUGCUCGACUGGGUCCUGCGCCGCAUCAACGGAGAGUCCUGCUUCGUGGACUCGGCCAUUGGACACAUUCCCUCGGAGGGCGCGCUCAACCUGACGGGCAUGAAGGAGCAGAUCGAUGAGAGCGAACUUUUCUCGCUGCCCAGGGACUUCUGGUCGCAGGAGGUGCAGGAUAUCCGCACCUACUUCGAGUCCCAGGUGGGCUCCGAUCUGCCAGCCAGCAUUUACAACGAGCUGGAGCAGCUUGCCACCCGCGUUGCCGACCUCUAAGUCAGCUGAUGAGGAGAGGGCCCAACCAUCAUGAGAAUUUACCGCAUCUUUACCCGCCUUUCACACCUGAUCACACAUCCUGUCUCAUCUCCAUAUAUAGACAGACAUAUACUGUCCCACACUUCCCCUACCAGUCGUUUCUCUAGUAUGUAAGCCGAAGACUUCCAGACUAUUUAUUUUAUAAGCGAGUGCUAAGUUUAUACUCUAAGAUGAUAUUUUAAAAACAAACCAAACAAAAACUACAAAAAUAAAACAAAAAGAUAUAUA